GGAUAAACGUAAGCCCCGCCUUCGACUGUUAAACGUUAAAUAUGACUGGUUGAAAGGUGUAGCGAGGUUUCAUUCAUAAGAAGGUCAUUCAUAGACAAAGACAAGAAAUUUGAGCUCUUGAAAGGAAAAAAAAUCCACCAAUCAAAAAUCCAGUGGACAAGCAAAUAUCUGACAGUGAGAAAUAAAGCAACUUAAAGUCGGAACUUCGGAAGUAACAAAAAAGUGUAUUUUUUCUGUCCCUAACACCAUGUGGUCAGACAAACGGCAUUAAAACACUCACAUCAUCGUAUUUUCUUCGUAUCUUUCUUCUUUUUGGGCCAAUUUUAAAUAACAUACGCAAUAGCCUAUAAUUCUUACACCACUACCAAAAUCCAAAAAAAGAACGUGGACAUAUAUCUCAGUAAAAUCGUUUAACCCUAUAAAACCUUUUCCAACUCUGCAGUCAACACCUCAAAACUUCAAUACAGCAAAGAAUAGGUCUCGUGCUAGCUCAACAGUGAUUUAGGAGCUCGCCUGUGUUUAUACGCACACUGGUGUUUUUUGUGAAUGAAGCUCAUUACGUAUGCAGCCUCCUCGCGCUCCAUUCACAAACUGCUGCUGCUGCCUCUGUCCGUCUUCCUUCCCCUCUCAGUCUGCGUGGAUCUCAUUAAAACACAGCCAAAUGACCACAAACGGUUAAGGCAUGGAUUAUAAGAUGGAUGGAUAUCUGGAUCAGCAAGUGCCUUAUACUUUAGCUAAUAGGUCGCAAGGAAAUGGGCCCCUAAAUAGACUCUUGAUGGCAACAAAAAGGAAAUACAUGGACACCGAAUUACCCCCUCAGGAAUCUGAAGAUCUCUUUCAGGAUUUAAGCCAACUUCAGGAGACAUGGCUCACCGAAGCUCAAGUCCCCGACAGCGAUGAGCAGUUUGUUCCAGACUUCCACUCGGAGAACUCAGUGGCAUUUCACAGCCCGCCGGUGAAGAUCAAGACAGAGCCGCAGAGUCCUGGAUCAGACCCCAGCCAGUCCUGUAGCCACAAGCAGACCUUCAGUUACCCAAAUGGAGAGCAGUGCCUUUAUGCCAGUGCCUACGAGCAGAAGAGAACAGCUGUGGCGGCAGCUGGAGGACACAAGAGCUCAUGUCCAGGGACUCCUAUGUCCCCUAUGCAGCAUUACUCCCCAAAACCGACAGUGGGCAAUCGACCCGAGUCAGGGUACAUGAAUCCUCCCUCAGCCACCCAAUCCCACCCCUGCCACAGUUACCCCAUGAACCCAAGUUCCAGGUUCCCUUCUGGAUCGGCAGAGAUGUGCCCACCAUUUGGUCCCCAAGGCCAAGCCCUGCAGCGCAUGCAUCCUAACCAUGCCAGUGGGGCUGGAAACGGCGGUUACCAUCGGCAACACUCCGACCCCUGUUUGCCGUAUCCACCUCAGCAGAACUUCAAGCAGGAGUACAUGGACCCUCUGUACGACCGGGCAGCCCACAUGGCCGGACCACAGGCACAGAGGUUUCCACCCGCCCAUAUGAUGGUCAAGCAGGAACCCACCGACUACACUUAUGAACCUGAUGUGCCUGGUUGUCCUUCCAUGUACCAUCACAAUGAAGGCUACCCCAACCCACAGCACAACAGUGAAGGAUACAUGUUCGAAAAUGAUUCCCGCGUUGUUCCUGAGAAAUUUGAAGGUGAGGUGAAGCAGGAAGGGGGUGGCGUGUUUCGCGAGGGUGCCCCCUAUCAGCGCCGUGGCUCACUGCAGCUCUGGCAGUUCUUAGUGGCGCUCCUGGACGACCCUGGCAAUGCACAUUUCAUUGCGUGGACUGGCCGUGGCAUGGAAUUCAAACUCAUUGAGCCCGAGGAGGUGGCAAGACUUUGGGGAAUGCAGAAGAACCGUCCAGCCAUGAAUUACGACAAACUGAGUCGCUCUUUGCGCUACUAUUAUGAGAAGGGAAUUAUGCAAAAGGUGGCGGGUGAGCGCUAUGUUUACAAAUUCGUGUGCGAGCCAGAGGCUCUGAUAUCCUUGGCAUUCCCUGACAAUCAGCGGCCAAGUCUGAAAGCAGAAUUCGAGCGCUACGUCAACGAGGAGGACACGGUGCCGCUGUCACACCUUGAUGAGGGUGCGUCUUACCCUCCCGAACCAGCUGCCGCCAACAUGGGCCCUCAGCCCUAUUCCAAAGGCUACAUGUACUAAUGCCACCAUCAUUCUCCCAUGUUUUCCAUCCCAGUUUACUACCCCCUGCACCUAUUGCACAUGCUCACCCCAUCCACUUGUAUAUAAGGCUAAGUUUUUUUUUCUUUAAAUUAAUCUCAUUAGGGACUCUGCAUUCCUCUCAUUUCUGAGGCCUAUCUAAUGUAAACACAUUACUGUGGUUUAAGAGAUUGCUUAAUAAAGACUCGAUAUUACUACUA